AGUGUAAUUUUAGUAAAGAAUAGAGGCAAUUUUAAAUGAUUCAAUCAGAACCACUGCAGCAAAUCCCUUUAAAGUAUGCACUGAAAAUAAAAACAAAAGCAUACUUCAUCAAACAACAUAGACAAUGCUAUCUAAAUGAUUUAGGAAAUAGACGUUUGUUGUUAGAGAAUGGUGAGUGGAAGCUAACUGCAUAAUUAAGUCCUGGAUAAGAGGAUUUGAGGUCACUAGUCCUGAUCUGUAAAGACUUUCUCAGUAUCACCAAAUCUCAUCAGACAAUUUCAAUAUCCUGUACACACAAUGACUUCUCCGGUGGCUAAAGGAGAGGCCCGGAAAAGAUGUUUCGGAAAAGGUUUCACGUCCCUGUUAACGAAUAUGCUCUAUGACCUCAUUUGAGAAACGGCACCACUUGAACUGCUGUAAUUCUGUUGUCAGAGCGGUGUUAAACAUGGAGCAGGACGAUGUUUCGCCGCUGCAGCACUUUGUGGUUGCAAAGAGGACAAUCAGUGCUAUGUUUCAACAGAUGUUGGAGUAUGUUAGAGAAGGAUCAGAUUUUGUAGAGGAGACGAGGAAGAGUGAGGAUCUGGAGCAUGUAGCCGAGGAAGAACAGUGUCUGCAGAUCCAGGCCUGCUCCAGGAAACUAUCGGUCAUCAAUGAUGUGCUGGCCCGCAGACACAUGAAGGUGGCUUUUUUUGGCAGGACCAGUAAUGGAAAGAGUACAGUAAUUAACGCCAUGCUAAGAGAACGGGUUCUGCCCAGUGGAAUCGGCCACACCACAAACUGUUUCCUGAGUGUGGAGGGCACAGAUGGGGAACACGCCUACCUUACCACUGAGGACUCUGAAGAGAGGAAGAGCAUUGAAACAGUCAAUCAUCUGGCCCACGCUCUGCAUAUGGACAGAAACCAAGACUCAGGCUGUCUUGUCCGAGUGUUUUGGCCCAAAACUAAGUGUGCGGUGCUGAGAGAUGAUCUGGUUCUGAUGGAUAGUCCAGGCACAGACGUCACAUCAGAGCUGGACAGUUGGAUUGACAAGUUCUGUUUAGAUGCUGAUGUCUUUGUGCUUGUGGCCAACUCUGAGUCCACCAUAAUGAACACUGAGAAGCACUUUUUCCACAAAGUGAAUGAGCGCAUAUCAAAGCCCAACAUUUUCAUCCUAAACAAUCGCUGGGAUGCAUCUGUCUUAGAGCCAGAGUAUCUGGAAGAUGUGCGGAAACAGCACAUGGAUCGCUGUGUCAGUUUCUUAGUGGAGGAGCUGAAGGUAGUGGACCUUCACAAGGCACCUGACCGCAUCUUCUUUGUCUCUGCCAAGGAGGUGUUGAGUGCCAGGAUCCACCGCGCUCAGGGAAUGCCAGAGACUGGCGGGGCUUUGGCUGAAGGAUUCCAAGAGCGACUGAUGGAGUUCCAGAGUUUUGAAAGAACAUUUGAGGAAUUCAUAUCCCAGUCCGCCGUGAAGACCAAGUUUGAGCAGCACACAAUCAGAGCCUGGCAGAUCAUUGAGUCGGUCAAGGCUAUCAUGGAUGCCAUCAAUAUUUCUUCAGCAGAAAAGAAAGUGUUCUCACUGGAAGAGCGUGAGGCUCAAAUGGACCGGCUAGAGUUUGUGCGAAAUCAGCUUAACUUCCUGACCGAGGACAUCAAAGACAAGAUAAAGGCCAUCGCUGAUGAAGUGGCUGCCAAGGUGUCCAGUGCCAUGGCAGAGGAGAUCUGUUUCCUGUCUGUUCUUGUGGAUGAAUUCUGCGCUGAUUUUAGCCCUGCCCCAAAUGCCUUAACCCUAUACAAAACUAAGCUUAUGGCCUAUGCGGAGGAGAGAAUGGCCAAGAAUCUGGACCUGCGCUGUUCCAGCACUAUAAACGGCUGUGUGAUGUCGUCUCAGAGAGACAUCAUGGACACCUUGCGUCCUCUGCUGCCCCCUGCUGCCCGAGGGCACCUACACCUCCCCCACAGGAGGUUCACCAUGACCUAUGACCUGAACUUCUCAAGCCUCUGUGAAAAUUUUGUGGAGGACAUCGACUUUCACUUCUCAUUGGGUCUUACAUCCUUGGUGAAUCGUUUCCUAGGGCCAGCUAAAGCCAAACAAGCUUUGAGUCUGCUGAACCAGAACUUGAAAGUCACCUCUUCCUCUGCUCAGACCCAGGACGAGCUGGCUAUCUCCAUGGCAACAGGACUGGUCUCGUUCACAUCCAGAGCAUCGGUGGGCGUGUUGGUCACUGCUGGAGUGUGUGAUGACAUUUUUGGACAGGUGUGGCGUUCUGUGGGAUGGAGGGUUGUUGUACUCUCUGUGAGUCUCUAUGGUUUGCUCUACCUGUAUGAAAGGGUCACCUGGACCAACAGCUCGAAAGAAAGGGCCCUGAAGCAGCAGUUUGUGGAUUACGCCACUCAAAGACUGCAGGCCAUCUCACACAUCCUCAGCAGUGACUGUGGACAGCAGGUGCAACAGGAGAUGGUGGCCGUUUUCGCCCGCAUGUGCCAACAGGUUGACAAGAGCGAGAUGGAGCUUGAAACUGAGAUCCGCAGACUGAGCGCCAGGAUCCAGCGCCUGGAGAGUGUCCAGAGACGCUCCAAAACCCUCAGGCACAAAGCCACUGAUCUGGAGUCACGGCUGGAGUCGUUUUCAGCACAGUAUCUGCAGAUUCAACAUUAACCAGAGCAGCAAGAAAGGAGUAAGACUGUCCUCCAGUGUUCAGAGCUGGAACAACCCAAAAUCUGCUAAAACGAAGUUUACAGAGAGUCUACAUUUAUUUUAUUUCAGUAUUUCAUACAAGCCUCAGGAAGCCAGAUUUCUCACUGACAAGACUCUUAUAGCAAGUUAAUAAUAUGCAGACGACCUCCUUGAUGAAAAGCCUUUAUUGGUUAUGAGAACAAAUAGUAACAGGUGUCACUGCCACUGCACAAAUACAAAUAAAUUCUGGGUGUUAAAAAAAAAAAAUCAUAAUUAACAACAAUAAAAUAAAAAGAUUCCACAGCAAGUGAUAAUUGUUUACUGAACCAACAUAAAAUAAUACAAAUCGGUUUUCAAUAAAGCAGUUAAAGUGAAUUAAGAGGAAUGUGUGUUAGAAUAAAAAGGCAGUUAUGUCUGCUGGUUUUGUCCAUGAAAUACACACACAGUGAGGGACAGAAGCACAGAACUCAGAAUUACUAAAGUGAAUUCAGAACUAAAUCAUUUUGGUCUUUAAUCAGAUAGUUACGACAUAUGCAGGACCAUCCAGGAUCAUUUAUUUUACACAAUGAACAUCCAUAAGUGGAUCUAUCGCUAUAAAAAAAUACAUAAACCACUAUGAAUCACGCGAGCUUGCUUUUUGGUAAACCACAAUUUGUUUUAAGGGUUGGGGACAGUCUGUCGUUAGUUACUGUGCUUGAAAGAUUGCACUUGGGUUAUCGUUGUCGUGUGUGUUUACAAAUGGAAACAAACAAAAAACAAAAAAAGGGUUUUGUCUGAAAUGUAGCAAGUGAAAAAGCCAUCACCCGACAAACACUGUUUUUUAAAGGUGGUGCACUGCUUUAAAUGUGCUAACCGACGUUAACACCUUUGAAUACAGCAAACAUUGCAUUACCUCUGAUACGCUUUCGUUUUUAGAGUUGAAGGCAGGGUGUUCCUGUGUAGUUUUGUGAUCAUGUGAUUGAUGUGAACCGCUGCAAGAAGGAAAUCAGCCUUAGGGUUUCAGUGCAGUAAUUUCGACGUUUGGCAGUGCAACCACCUCAGCAAAAACAACCAUGGCCUAGU